UCUCCAGGCUGGGCACCUGCCAGGUUUGGCAGCUUAUUACCACGGAGGGAGGGCAGUUUCUCUCCCUUGCCCGGCCUCUUCCUCCUCCCUCCCUCCCUCCCUCCCUCCCUCCCUUACCUUCCUUACUGGCUCCUCUCAGGCAGGUUCAGACGGGAGCCUGGGCUGAUCUCAGGCAGACACUCCAGGCCCCCGCAGCUCCAGGAGCCCAGACACAGCAGGUGAAGCCAAACCCAGCAGCUGCUGCAGCCAUGUCCGCCUUCAGCCUGCUCCUUCUGGGCCUGCUCACCACGGCGGCCCCCGCCAGCUGUCAACAAGGUGUGGGGAGACUGCAGCCCUGGAUGCAAGGCCUCAUCGCUGUGGCUGUGUUCCUGGUGCUCGUUGCCAUCGCCUUUGCUGUCAACCACUUCUGGUGCCAGGAAGAGUCGGAGCCUGUGGACAUGGUUAUGACUGUUGGAAACAAGUCCGAUGGGGUCCUGGUGGGCAUGGACGGAAAGUACUCCUCGAAUGUGGCCGGCUUCAGGUCCAAUGAGCACGUGAAUGCCUAUGAGAAUGUCCUGGAGGAGGAAGGCAAGGUCCGCAGCACCCCCAUGUGACCCCCACUGACCUGCUGCCCCAGCCCGAGGCCCGCAGGCACCUGUGAGCAGAGCUGUUCAUCACCGCCAACCAAGCCAUUCCUCUGCCCUUGGGGAUGGGAUGUCCGCUCAGCGUGGCGCCAUCUGCCCCACGGCUCCACCCUGACGUGUGGGAAGGGCCCUUAUUUCUGUGAAAUAAAGACUUUUUGUACUCCU